GAAACGUCCGCAGCCGCUGUAAGACAGUCUGCAAAGCUGCCCCGCUACUCAUCAUCAUGGUUGCGAUAUCAGCAGUCCGUAGUCACAACGCAACACUCAAGUCUGUCUUACCCAACCCUGUUGCCGUCUUUGUCGGAGGCACGAGCGGAAUCGGCCUCUUCACAGCACGCGAGCUAGUCUGUCAUACGGUCUCACCGACCGUCUACCUCAUUGGGCGCAAUGCCACCGAAGCAAGCAAGAUCGUCGACGAGCUCCGCGAGAUCAAUUCGGCGUCAAAAGUGAGCUUUAUCCAAAAGGACAUUUCGCUGUUGAAGAACGUGGACGAGGCAUGCAACGAGAUCAAGAGCAAGGAAAAGCACGUCAACAUGCUCUUCAUGACGUGCGGAUAUCUUUCCGUCAAGGGCCGCGACGAGACGGCCGAGGGGUUGGAUCGCAAGUUUUCGUUGCACUACUAUGCACGCAUGAGAUUCAUCCAACAGCUUACUCCAUUGAUGGAUGCAGCAGCAGCAUCAAACGAGCUUUCGCGCGUAGUUGCAGUCUUGGAUCCCCAGGCUGGUCUGCGAUUGAGAGGAGUCAACUUCUCGGACCUUUCCCUCAAGAACACGUUUAGCCUGAAGAAUGUUUUGGUUCAUGCCAGCGCCAUGCUUUCUUUGUCUGUAGCCCACCUGGCCAACCAGCACCCCAAGACGGCCUACAUCCACGCCUACCCAUCGGGGGUUGAGACAGGGGUGACGCGUCAACUUUUUGGGCCAGUCAACGGAGCCGUCAAGUUUGUGCUCUCAAAGUUGGGACGACUGAUGUUUGUUCCCCAGGGGGAGAGUGGGGAGCGGCAUCUGUUUGCUGCUACCUCGCCCGUCUACGCUCCACGUGUGGCCGCAGAGACGACGAAUAUGGUGGGCAGCGAUGGUGUUGUGGGCAGCGGGAGUUACCUUCUGAACUGGAAUGGCGAGAUACUGGCAGACACGGACAAUGCGAGAAAGCUUCGGGACGAAGGUGGGGUGGACAAGGUUUGGCAGCAUACUGAGGAGGUGAUGAAGUCGAUAGAAGAGCGAGGCAGCUAUUCGCCUUAAUCAGACGCAUCAAGGCACGAGUCAGAUUGACGAUUGCGUCAUGUGGGAAUUUAACGUUUUGGCUACAGCAUGUCCAUCAACAUGUCGUGUGAUGGCGGUGUCAUGCUAGGGGAUGGCAUGACAAGCCGCCGGUGUUUCUCGAGCGUUCGGGAGUAAGGGCAUUGGCUGUCUGCAUAGGAGUCAGGACAAGAUGGCGGCGCCACAGGCGAUGUUGCUGGGCGCAAGUCAAUCGCCAUGGUACCGGGGACACGGGCGGGAGAGGGAAAAGAAAAGCUCAACGUGGUGAACCGUGUGAUUGCGGGGUAGGAUAUCGAUAGGCGCAGGGUUCGGCGAGAGUCUGCCGUGGAGGCUGUGUGUGAAUGGUGUUGUGGCGCAGGCCCCCGAUUGGCCAAGUGGGGCUGAGGCGUCGACGAUUGACUGCCAUGGUUUCUGACACAUCCAUAGUCAUAGACGGACAUGAACGUAAACACAUACGUAUACGAAGACACAAGGCACU